UCUUGUUUAAAUCGGUUACUCAUUGUCAGAUCUUUUGUUUUAUGCUCGUCCAUCCAUCCGUGCAACCUUUCCCCUCCACCUCCAGCUAAAGUUGUUUAUUUCCGACUGUCCUGCAUCUGACUGAGCAGCACUGAUAAGUGACGCCUGCGCUGAUCUUUUCCGCGGUUCGGACAGAAACACCCAUUGCAUACCGCUGUGUAUUCAGAGUUGGUGGUGUGAGGAGCUGUAAGCUUGCGGGAGAGCACAGGGGUGAGGUUGCUCUGCACCAACAGUCCAGCCCACAACUCUGUGAUGAAGCUGACCGUGUGUUCCAGUGUUUUGCUGUUGCUUCUCACCUUCAGUUUCUGCCAUGGAGGCAACAUCUUUGUUUUUCCUGCAGAGGGCAGUCACUGGAUCAACAUGGACAUCCUGCUUCAAGCUUUACACUCCAGAGGACACAAUAUUACAAUCCUCCGUUCCACCAGGAGCUGGUACAUUAAGGCAAACGCUUCUUAUUACAAUGCCUUAUCAAUGCCUGUUGAGAAAAGCAUUGAUGAAACGUUUAUCACAAACCUGAUGAAGGCGGGUGUUCAGUUUGUACUGGGAACAACCCCCUGGCUAAGUUCUAUCAACAUCUUAACAAAGAUGGUGGACAUAAUAACAUAUUUACAUUCAGCCGUAUGUGAAUUAGUGUCAGCUGUGCUGGAUGAUGCAGCUCUGAUGAAAACUUUAGAGGACACCAAAUUUGAUUUGGUGCUGUCUGACCCGUGCUGGGGCGGUGGAGUCAUUCUGGCUAAAUAUAUGAAACUUCCUUUGGUUUAUUAUGUUCGAUGGCAGAUUGGUGAAGAUGCACAUUUCGGCAUUGCUCCUUCACCUUUAUCCUAUAUUCCUGUGACAGGGUCUGGCUUUACUGAUAGGAUGACCUUCUUGCAGAGAGUGAAAAACAUGAUUUUGUAUUUGGUGACGUACAUACAAAAUGAUGUCAUAAGUGGUCGACUAUACCAACCGACAUGUGCCAAGUACCUCGGUCCUGAUUGUGACUUCAAUCAGAUCAAGACAGAUGCAGACAUUUGGCUGAUGAGAACAGAUUUUGUCUUUGAUUAUCCACGUCCGACAAUGCCCAAUGUUGUGUACAUUGGAGGGUUCCAGUGUAAACCUGCUAAACCACUUCCUGAACAUUUGGAGGAGUUUGUGCAGAGUUCUGGAGAACAUGGAGUCGUCAUCAUGCCGAUGGGAACCUUUGUCAGUGAACUUCCUGAUGACAUGGCGAAUGGGAUCGCUGCGGCGUUAGCUAAACUGCCACAGAAAGUUAUCUGGAGAUACAAAGGUAAAAGACCUGCCUCUGUGGGUAACAACACUUUAGUGGUGGACUGGAUGCCUCAGAAUGACCUUUUAGGACAUCCUAAAAUCAAGCUGUUUGUGGCUCAUGGAGGAACUAAUGGAGUCCAUGAAGCUAUUUAUCAUGGAGUCCCAGUUGCGGGUCUGCCUAUGUAUUUUGACCAAUACGACAACCUUCUCCGGCUGCAGGAAAGAGGUGGAGCAAAAAUCGUCUCCAUAAGCACAGUGGACAAAGAUGACAGUUUUUUGGAAGCCAUGCAGGAAGUCCUGACUGAUCCCUCUUACAGGGAGAACAUGCAGAGACUCUCCAGGCUGCACAGAGAUCAGCCGGUGGAGCCGAUGGACAAAGCCCUCUUCUGGAUCGAGUUUGUCAUGAGACACAAAGGAGCUGCUCACCUGAAAGCUCAGUCCUACAACAUGUCAUGGUUCACCUACCACUCUGUAGAUGUGGUUCUGUUCCUGACUGCAGCGGUGCUGCUCGUGCUUUUGACCUCCUUCAUGUUCAUCAGGUGUUUAUUCAGAGCACUUUGUAAACGUAAAGUGAAACGGGAAUGAUGAGUUGAAACUUAACACACAUGAUUAUGUCCAACAUUUUUAAAUCAUUUUUACGUUUUUAAUUAUUCAAAACAUUUUUUGGGGGUACGAUUAAUAAUUCUACGUUUGAAAUCUUAUUGGAAAGUCAAAUUUUACAAAUUUACUUAUGUUCUUUUACUGUAAAGGAGUCUGUUUAUUUUCAGUAUACAUUAUGUUUAAUAGAUUUUUUUUGUACAACUUAUCAUUCCUAUAUUUUUGGUAUUAGUAUGUACCUUUUUGGCAUCAACACAUUCAAGAGUCUAUAAAGAUGUAAAUUGCAA